AGAACAAUGUAAGUGGGGAAUAGAUUCGAUGAGAGCUGGAGUCCUAAUGAAACAGCCUGUUUUUGUAGGAAGGAGCUUUGCUGUUAUUUAGAAAACAACUUUGAGGUUGGUUGUUAAAAAUGCCCGAAGAGGACGAACGAGAUAAGUUAGGCAAAGUCAUCAGACAGUGGAACAAUAACAGACUGGACCUGUUUGAAAUUAGCCAACCCGACGAGAAUCUGGAAUUUCAUGGCGUGAUGCGCUUCUACUUCGAGGAUCCUGCUGAAGGCAACGUGGCCACGAAGUGUCUGCGCGUCUGCAGCGACUCAGUGACUCGUGAGAUCAUUGACAUGCUGUCAGAGAAAUUCAGACCCGACAUGAAAAUGCUGACUACUAGUUAUGCCCUGUAUGAAAUCCACAACAAUCGGGAAGAACGCAAGCUGGAUCUGAAUGAGAGACCUUUAGUUGUGCAAUUAAACUGGAACUCAGCCAACAGAGAAGGACGCUUUGUGCUCAAGAAAGACAAGGACAGUGUGGAGGAAAAGUUCGAGGAGAAAGAGAAAGGAGGCUUCAUACAAAACUUUAAGAGGACGCUGUCAAGAAAAGGAAAGAAGAAAGAGAGGAACAGCAACACAGAUGACAAAGCUUCAGAGGAUGAGAAUGGGCCAGCUGAAAAUUCACUCAACAAUGACAGCAUUUGCUUGUCUAACCUUGAUGCACAAAAAUAUUGCACAGAAAAGAAAAGACCAGAGAGGCAGGCUGCUGCAGCUGGAUUACCGAUUGGCGUUCAGUUCUCUGAUAACUUUGCAGAGCCCUUCCUGUCUGCAGUUAUAAAUUACACCAACAGCUCCACAGUUCACUUCAAGCUCUCGCCUGCAUACAUCCUCUACGCCGCGUGUCGGUUUGCUCUACAACGCCGGUACGGUCAAGACUCUCGAACCUCAGAGCACGCAGACAGUGUAACCUCGAUCAGUAACAAAAUGGUGUCGAUGACAGGGAAGGUCAUCCAGAGGCAGCAGACUAUUGGCGGGGCUCUCGCCUUCUGGAUGGCCAACUCCUCUGAGCUGCUAAACUUCCUCAAGCAUGACCAAGACCUCAGCCCACUGACACAGCAGAGCCAGCUGGACCUGUCCCACCUGGUGCACAAAGCCUACAGUUGUCUGCUACAGUGUCUGCAGAAUGAGCUGAGGAAACAUUUGCCAACCUUCCUGAUUGAUCCUGAGCAAUAUGGUUCCCUGCCAGCUGGUAUAGGUGCAGAAAUGGUGCUUAACACCUUGAUGAACACCAUGUCUCUGUUACGCCGUUGUCAGGUCAACCCUGCCCUCACCAUCCAGCUCUUCUCUCAGCUCUUCCACUACAUCAGCGUCUGGCUUUUCAAUCAGCUCAUGAGCCCUGAAGCCAGCACCCCAGGCCUGCGCUCCCACUACUGGGGAGCUGCUCUCCGUCAGAGGCUCACAGCCAUCGAAGCCUGGGCAGAGAGACAGGGCCUGGAGCUGGCAGCUGACUGCCACCUGGGCCACAUCAUCCAGGCAACCACCCUCCUGACCAUGAACAAGUACUCAAUGCAGGAUGCGAAGGACAUCCAGACAACCUGUUUCAAGCUGAACUCACUGCAGCUGCACAUGCUGCUGGCUGGCUACCUCUAUGCAACCAAUGAGCCACACAUACCCCCUGAUUUGAUCAAUGCUGUAGUGACAGCUGCCGAGGCCUCAGCAGAUAACCUGAUUCGGAGCGAAGGACGGGACAUCCAGCUGCAGGAGAGCCUCGACCUCCACCUGCCCUUCCUGCUGCCGGAGGGAGGAUACUCCUGUGACACUGUGAGAGGAAUCCCUCAGGGGUUUAGAGAGUUUUUGGAGCCAAUGUGCCAAAAAGAUCUCUGCUCUUUAACACCCCAACCAAACUCCAAAGGGGACUGGACCAUUUAUUUCAGCGAAUCUGACCCUUCCGUAGAGAGUACAUAUUUGGCAGCACAUAGACAGCCAGAGAUUACGACGAUCACACUGAACAAACCUUUGAACAGUGGGAUGGGGGUCAGCAUUGUAGCUGCCAAGGGAGCUGGGCAGCGUACCCUCGGGAUCUAUAUUAAAUCCAUCGUCAAGGGAGGACCGGCUGAAAUGAAUGGCAAGUUAACUGCAGGAGAUCAGCUGCUCAGUGUGGAUGGUCAAAGCCUGGUUGGUCUCAGCCAAGAAAGGGCAGCAGCGAUCAUGAUGCAAACUGGCCCCAUUGUGACCUUACAGGUUGCAAAAUUUGCUGCGAGUUACCACGGCCUAGAAGCCCUGCUGAGAGAAUCCACCCCAGAGAAGACUACAGGGGUGAGAGACCACGCUAAGCCAAACAAUAAAGCCUGCAUAAAGUACAGCACAGAGGACCACAGUCCCUCAGAGCAGCUCCAUGGAGGCAGUCGAAGGAAGAAAGAGCAGAUAAUGCAGAGGAACAGACAAUUUUAUCGCUCCAACCCCAACAUGGCCGCAGACUUUUGCCUGGAGGAUGGAGAUAAACUUGUUGACCCUUUCACAGGAAACAGCACCGCUUCUGUGUCCACUAAGAAUCUUUGCUCUGAUAAAUUCCACUGGGAAUACUUGACACUACCGAACCCUAGAUCCCAGGACAGGAAUGUAUCUGAACCUAGUAAACCACAGCAAACUUUCCAAGUGUCUUUGAAACCUUUAGCUGGACAGAGCUCCAAUAGAUCUCUAAACGUCAUGCGCCAAGCCCUCUCUCAGGAGAACUUGUGUACAGACAGUGGACACCCCCUGCUGGACAAAAGUCAGAGCAAGUGGACACAGAAGGAUCAGGGUGCAAAGCAAACUGAGAACUACUGCACGUCUUUCCCUAUCCGCUCUUGUCUUUCUACUCAUGACAUCCUCUCUGAUAACAGCUCCCCCACAAAUCAGCAGCAGGUCAGCCAUGUAAGCUGUGCCGGUGUCUGGAGAACCCCUUUUUCACAACACUCAACAUCCACACCUUCAAUCCAGCCGAUACGCAUCGACAUCCCCCUAACAAGAGCGGUGAGCCACCAGUCAAAUCCUCCACUCACUACCUUCCAGCAGAGUUCUUCAUCGCUGGCAGUGAAGAUGAGCCGAACUCUUCAAAUCAAUGGACACAAGCAGAAUCCUCAAAGCCAAGCUAGUAGUACUUAUGCAUGUCCAGUAUCUCCAACUAAGAAGCUACUUCAGCCCUCACUUUCAUCACAAAAAUUCAACACGCACAGAGAUCAAGUAGCAAAACCUCAAGUGAGUAUCACUCCAACAAAGCAUGUUUCCUUCCAAGAACCUCCCUGUCAACAGAAAAAGAGCACAGGUCCAAUGAAACAGAAAGAUCCUCUGGAGAUGUCUGAUCCUUGGAAGAGGGAAGCCCAGGAGAAGCUGGAGAAGCAGCAGAGGCUUGAAGCGGUGGAGUUCCUGCAGCAGGAGAUGCAAGAGCUUCAGGCUAAAGCUAAGCGCACAGCGGAGGAGAACGACCGACUCCGAAAGCUCAACCUGGAGUGGCAGUUUCAGAAGAGGCUGCAGGAAAUUCAGCAGAGAGGAGAUGACGAGGAUGAAGAUAAGGAUUUGGACAUGAUGGUGAUGAUACAGCAGCUAGAGAACAGCAUGUCACAGGCCAAGAACAACACAAGAAGCUCUGGUGGGAAGGACAAAACGGAAAAGCAGGCGGGAACUCACCUCUCCAAAAAGGAAGAUGAAGAAAAGAGAGCUCAGCGAUUAAGUGGAUUAGCUCAUGAUGUUCAUCAAGCAGCAUCAAAAGAAAACCAGGAGGAGAAAAUGAAGAGAGCGGCGGCUCCUGAGAAGCUAACAUUCAAGGAGCGCCAGCGUCUUUUUUCCUUGGCGUCCAGUUCAUAAACAGAAAGCUCAAAAGA